AAAUCAAAAAUCAAAAGAAAAAAUUAAUAUAUAUAUAUAAAAAAUCCAAUAAUUUAAUAGACACAAAAAAUCAAAAUAAAAAAAAUGAGCCACCAAUACGCCAAAACCGAAUUCGGUCCCCCUCCACCAAAUUAUGUAGCAGGUCUAGCUAGAGGAGCAGUGGGUUUUAUCACUCGUUCUGACAUAGGUCCUGCAAAUUAUGUUUAAUUUGAUUAAUGGAGUGGUUAUUAAGAAAAUAUAUUCAACGGUGAAAAAUACGACGACGAGGAUCGUUAAGCCGAUGAAGUGUUCAAAUCUGUUGACGAUUAUAUGAAUUAACGUCGACAUAAACGCAAAGAAAAAAAAGAAAAAAUAGAGACUAAAAAAAUAAUGGAAAAUAACCCAUCCGUAGCCUAUUAAUUUGCAGAUUUAAAACGUGAUUUAGGAAAAAUCACAGAAGAUGAAUGGAUGAAAAUUCCAGAAGCAUAAGAUUAUUCCAUUAAAAAAAAAAAAUAGGAAAAAUAUGUGCCAGUUCCGGACCAUAUAAUUGAUUCGGCUCGAAAAGAACAAUAAAUCUAAAAUUCAAUAGAAAUUCAAUCCUAAUUAAACCUAAACUUAAACGAUAUUGGAAAAGCAAAUUAAACAGUCUUAACUGCAAAAUUAGAUAAAAGCAUAGAUUCUGUAAGUGGUAUUUCUACAGUUGAUAAAUCCGGUUAUUUGACUUCUUUAAAUUAACAAAUAGUCAAUAGUGAAGCAGAUAUCGGAGAUUUUAAAAGAGCGAGAAAAUUAAUGAAAAAUGUGGUAAAUGUAGACCCUAAAAAUGCAAACGGAUGGAUUGGGGCGGCAAGAAUCGAAGAGUUAGACGGAAAAAUUUAAUAGGCAAGAAAUAUUCUUUAUUAAGGACUUAAAUAAUGCGAGAGAUCAGAUGAUUUAUGGCUUGAAAUUGCAAGGUUGGAAACCCCGGAAAAAGCAAGAAGUAUAUUGGCUUAAGCAGCUUAGAUUUUACCGAAAAGUUUAAAGAUAUGGCUCGCGGCAGCCGAUAGAGAAGUUUUAAAGGAAAAUAAAAUCAAAGUUUUAAGAAAAGCACUAGAGCAUAUACCUGACUAGCCAAAAUUAUGGAAAUACCUAAUACAAUUAGAAAAUGAAAAAGAAGCCAAAAUACUACUCUAUAAAGCAGUAGAAUGUAUUCCAGGGGAUCUCGACAUGUGGCUAGCUUUGGCUAAAUUAGAAACUUAUGAAAACGCUAAAGCAGUUUUAAAUAGAGCAAGAAAAGCACUACCUUAGGAACAUUCAAUAUGGAUAAAUGCAGCUAAAUUAGAAGAAUCAGAUGGAAAACCAUAAAGUAAAAUUACUGAAUUAUUAUAAAAAGCUAUUGAUUUAUAUAAAAGAAGAGGAUAUAUUAUUAAUCGAGAAGAUUGGCUUGAUGAAGCUGCUUAUUGUGAAAAAAGUGGUAAUCCAUUAACCUGUGUGGCUAUAAUAAGAGCAGUAAUUGGUGACGGGAUCGAAUAAUCUGAAAGAGAGCGUGUAUUUACUGAAGAAGCCCAAAGCAUGAUUUAGAGGACUUGCAUAAAUACUGCUAGGGCAAUAUAUGAAUAUGGUAUAGAUGUUUUAUUCCCCGAAAAUUUAACUAUUAUAUAAAAAACCAUUGAUUUUGAGAAAAAUAUUGGAAAAAGUAAGGAUAAUUUGAAUAAAUAAUUACAAUCAGCGACAUAAUAGCAUCCUUUUUAUGAAUUUUUUUGGACUUAAAGAAUUAAGUUUCACUGGAAAAAUUUCAAUAUAAGAGAAAUAAUAGAUGAGGCUGAAAAAAAUUUACCGGAAAACAGCCAAAUAUUAAUCCUAUCUUUAAAAAAUUACAAAUAAAAUAAUCAAUUAGAAUAAGCAAGACUUGUAGCCCAAAAAGCCAAAAAUGUAGGCACAUGUGAGGCAUAUAUAGCCGCUAUUAAAUUGGAAUAUUAGCUCGGUUCUUUAUAAAAAAGCUUCCAAGAUGCCCAAGUAGCAAUAAGUUUAUUCCCUACAGAUGAAAAAUUGUUCAUUUUAUUAGCUAAAAUAGCCUAUAAAUUUAAAUCAAUAGACGCUGCUCGAUAAAUAUUCGAAAAGGGAAUACGAUUUAACCCCUUAUCAACCACUUUGAUAAUAAGAUAUGUAGAAUUAGAGAUGAAUCACAGAUUCUUUCCUAGAGCAAGACCCAUAUUAGAAAAGUCGAGGGUAAAAUUACCUAAAUGUCCUGAAUUAUGGUGUAUAGCAGUAGAAUUGGAAACAUAAGCAGAAAAUAAAAAAGGAGCGAGAUAUAUGCUUGCUAGAGGACUUAAAGAAUGCCCUGAUUAUAGUCAGUUAUGGUCAUAUGCAAUUGAAUUAGAACCAAAAGCUACUAGGAAAAAAAAAAUUGUGGAAGCUUUAGAUAAAUGCAGGUAGGAUCCAUAUGUUAAUAUUAGUGUAGCUAAGCUAUUUUGGAAAGAAAGGAAAAUGGAAAAAGCUAGAAAAUGGAUAUAAAAAUCACUUUUGGAAAGACCAGACAUUGUCGAUUCUUGGGCUACUUUAUAUCUUUUUGAAAAAGAUGAUGAUGAAAAAAGUGGGAAAGCGGAAGAAGCUUUUUUAAAAAUUAAGAAUGGUGAAGAGAAAAAAUAAGGAAGGCUUUAUAUGAAAGUUAAGAAAAGUGAUGAAGGAUGGAAAAUGAGUUUUGAUGAAAUUUUUUAGAAGAUUUUGGAAAUUAUUUAAAAAGAAAUGUUAAAUAUUGAAUGA